AUGUGUGCCACCCAUAACCUCAGCCUUCGGACCUCACCCUGUCUCGACCCCUCUCGCUCCAGCCUCAGCCUCCGGACCUCACCCUGUCUCGACCCCUCUCGCUCCAGCCUCAGCCUCCGGACCUCAACCUGUCUCGACCCCUCUCGCUCCAGCCUCAGCCUCCGGACCUCACCCUGUCUCGACCCCUCUCGCUCCAGCCUCAGCCUCCGGACCUCACCCUGUCUCGACCCCUCUCGCUCCAGCCUCAGCCUCCGGACCUCAACCUGUCUCAACCCCUCUCGCUCCAGCCUCAGCCUCCGGACCUCACCCUGUCUCGACCCCUCUCGCUCCAGCCUCAGCCUCCGGACCUCAACCUGUCUCAACCCCUCUCGCUUCAGCCUCAGCCUCCGGACCUCACCCUGUCUCGACCCCUCUCGCUCCAGCCUCAGCCUCCGGACCUCACCCUGUCUCGACCCCUCUCGCUCCAGCCUCAGCCUCCGGACCUCAACCUGUCUCGACCCCUCUCGCUCCAGCCUCAGCCUCCGGACCUCACCCUGUCUCGACCCCUCUCACUCCAACCUCAGCCUCCGGACCUCACCCUGUCUCGACCCCUCUCGCUCCAGCCUCAGCCUCCGGACCUCACCCUGUCUCGACCCCUCUCGCUCCAGCCUCAGCCUCCGGACCUCACCCUGUCUCGACCCCUCUCGCUCCAGCCUCAGCCUCCGGACCUCACCCUGUCUCGACCCCUCUCGCUCCAGCCUCAGCCUCCGGACCUCACCCUGUCUCGACCCCUCUCGCUCCAGCCUCAGUCUCCGGACCUCACCCUGUCUCAACCCCUCUCGCUCCAGCCUCAGCCUCCGGACCUCACCCUGUCUCGACCCCUCUCGCUCCAGCCUCAGACUCAACACCUGGUUUCCUGCAACCCGUCUGUACUUCCCCUGA